AAACAUUGAGGCUGCAAGGACUAUAACAUUGGCGUUUAAAUCGUCGAUGGAGAUUCCAUUGUUUCAAUGGAGCCAGGUUUCCAAACAUCCUGAGUGGAAACCUAAUAUCGAUGCAUGGUUUAAGCGAUUUCAGAACAAAUUUGAGUGGGAUAGGGCGGACAACAAUGUUGUGAGGAGGGUAUGGGAGAAUCACGCGGCAACUAGGUUGCGUGAUUUUUGGUAUGACACCCAAAAAAAAUCAAAAAAACAUGCGAGGGAUAACGGUCUUGAAGGAUGGAAUGAGGUGGCGGUUUGGCAGGAAUUCAAACCGCCAUUCAUCUCGGGGGAAAUAUGGACGACAUAUAUUGAGCACGUGACCUCAGAGCGGUUCUCACGGCGCUCACAGUCUGGCGCCGACAACCGGAACCGGCAAAUUUAUGGUUCGGUGACCACGCACACUGGCGGAUCCGUCCCAUUCAGCGCACAUGCAAAGCGGAUGGUAAGAUUAAUUUUAUUGAAAUAUAUCGAUAAUUAAUUUGUCGUUCCUUAUAAUAUAUUUAACUUUCAACCUAUUUUUUCCUUACAGGCUGCGUCUCUUGGACGUGAACCGAGUCCAAUGGAGCUGUUUCUAGAGACGCAUGUGCGGAG